ACCUCCUCUCUUUCUUCAUCCCCUCACACUCUCUCGUCCUCCUUGGCAACCAUUGCCGCUUCACUUACUCACGAUUCCCUUGUCAGCUAAAACAGUACUAGCCCUUUUUUACCCUCCAUCCCCAAUAGCUCACUCUCGUCAAAUCUCGUCAUUCACUCAGAAACCAUGAAGUUCACCAUCUCUGUCGCUACUAUCGCCCUGGGAGCUAUUGCGCUCUCUUCCUCGCUCGGUGCCGAUGCAGCUCUCUCGGCCGGAUGCAGUACCUACCUCAGCAGUCUGGAAGCGCCGACGAACCCCCUGGCCAACUGCAGAGUCUACACUGCCCUCGGAUUCCCUGCCUUGACCUUUGCCAAGGACCAUGACACGCCCAAGCUGCAGAAGGCCCUCACCAGCUACUGUGCCACUCCUGCAUGCACUACUGAACAAUAUGCGGGUGUCUAUAAGGCGCUGCAAACGAACUGUGCGGCUGAUAUGGUUACAGACAACCAGGCGACCCUUGGCACUGUCAUGUAUAUGUGGUACAUGUCCCCCGCGCAGCGAGAGGCCGUGUGCUUCCAAGACGCAUCCAAGAACAGUAGCUGUGUUGUUGACUCCAUCAACGAGAUGAUCGCCCGCGGACAACUGCCUGACGCGAACCCGAACGAGGACGACCUGUACGGAUACAUCCAAUACGUGACCCCGAUGAUGAGCCCGACGGGCACUAAUACCACGGCUUUCUGUACCUCCUGCAACCAGCAGAUCGCAAACAUCUUCUCGAACUACUACACCAAGACCCCCGCGCCCUAUACGCUGAACUUUGCGCAGAACCUAACCAGUUUGACCCUGAACACGAAUCUGAUGGAUCAGUACAAACGUAACUGUGGAGCAACUUUGGGUUUGCCCUCGGUUGGUGGAAAUGGAGCCGGAAAUGGAACCGCGCCAUCGGGAACGUUUCAGCCAACGAACUUGACGCAGUCUGGAGGCAAGACUGCUAGUAAUGCAGCGUCGGGGGUGUCGUACUCGAUGGGAGGAAUUGUCGCAGCCCUCGCAACUGUUGUUAGCGCUUUGGUUAUGGUUUAGGUGAGGUGUUUUGAUUAGAGCUCUUUUGCAUCCAGAUUGCCACUAAAUAAAAAAAUGAGAGUCCAAGAGGACCUUGACAGGUGUCUCUUAUGGUACAGCGUGUCCCAUGAGCGCGGACACGGAUGUACUAGGGACUCUUGCGGUAAGACGGCAUCG